UUGAGAAACAGUGUAUUUCCUCCACCAGGAAUCAUGGACACUUCUUACCCUCGUGAAGACUACCUGCCCAUGACAUCCCACAAGCAGGAUCCUUCUCCCACAGUCAUCACUGUCAGGCCUCCAGUGGUUCCUCGUGACUACAUGAUAUGGUCUGUCUUCAAUACCAUCUAUAUGAAUCUCUGCUGCCUCGGCUUUGUAGCUCUUGCCUAUUCUGUCAAGGCACGGGAUCAGAAGGUGUCUGGUGAUCUGGAAGCUGCCCAUCGCUAUGGUUCCAAGGCCAAAUGCUACAACGUUCUUGCCACGGUAUGGAAUGUGGUGCUACCACUGGUGCUCAUUGCUCUGGUGAUCACAGGUGUCCUCCAUCUCUCCAAGCUGGCCCAAGAAUCCAUGGACUUUUUGGCUUACAGACUCUUUCCCAAUGACGAUGACAAGAAGUGAGCAAAGAGCAUUGAGCAUUUCAGGGAAUUUCUUUUUCAUCAUUUAGGUGGCUUCUUACAGAGACUGUCAGCUGGCGAGACCCAACCACUGUACAACAGAAAACCUCUUUUAGUUCUAAGUCAGAACAACUGCAUUGAUGCAUUCAUGUUUCUUGGAAACCAUUUCAGAGCUCAUCCUUUGGGGAUGCAGAAGAUGUAAAAACGGAUCCUUUGGCAUCCCGCCUAGCCCCAUCGUUGAGCUACCUGCCACAGUGUUUUCCAGUUGCUGUGUCUCUUCUUCACUGCUGGUUUCUUUAGCUUUGUGUCCUCUCUGCUAGGCUCACAUUCCAUGUCACAUAGAAAUAUGCAACAGACACUCAGAGCAUGGUAGCCAGCAAUAUGAGCAAUCUCAUUCAACACGCAUACAAAACUGCCUACCAGUUUUCCAAACUUAGCUCUGUGUAUUAUUACUGUGACUAGUUAGUGGAGUGAAUCUUAUCCCUAUCCUUCCACUCCAUUAAGCAAAGUUUAAAUCUAAGGAUCUGUCCUCCAACUUAAGUGGCUCUUUCUCCAAUGGAAGAGCCAUUUAAUUUAGAGGGAAACUGAUUAGAUUGGGAGAAGGCUUCAAACUUGAACCAAAAAAAAGGUGGACUCUAAAUGUUUAAAUAAAUAAAUAACUAUUGCUCAGUGGAGUGGCAGGAUCAGGAUAGGAUCCACUCUAUUGUAUACAAAGUAUUGUAUUCUUUGCUCAAUGUCUUUUAAAAGUUGCACCAUUUUGUAGUUUGUCCUUUAUUGGUGAGAUUCUAGAGUAAGUCAUCUUAUAUGGAACAGGUAAUUCACUUCCAUCUGUGAGGUGGUGUAUGUUCAAGCACAUAUUGACUAAUCUACAAAGACGUAUUUGAUAUAUUAACCAGGCCACACUAAAGUCAAGAUUUUGAUAUGGUUAUGUAACAAUUUUGUAUGGACAUAAAACUUUUGAAACCGUCAUUGUUUUCUUUCUUACCCUUGACUGUAUCUCCAGUUUAUUUUUAUUGCUACUACUUAAGUGAUUAAAUAAUUACACAAC